CGUCUUAUUGUUGGCAGGACACCAAAAACUGAGAGUGACCUGAUUCCUGAAGGAGAAAUCAUUCUCACCAUCAAUGUGUACUACCCAGCUGUUUUUGAGAAGUUUAGUUACAUCCGCCCCCACAUGACUCUGCUCAUGAUGGGCUCCCACAACCUCACCGAGCUCAGAGAUGCUAUUUGCUGCAUCAGCGACUUGCAAGUGUGUGGCGAGUUCAGCGGGACACCAGACGUGGCUCCAGAUUUCAUCUGCAAAGAUCAUUUCAAGUCGGCCUUCUUCUUCUUUGAAGGAGUUUUCUACAAUGACAUGCGAUUCCCCGAGUGCCGGGACAUCAGCGUAACGACUGUAGAGUGGGCCAAAUCCCAUAACUUCCCACCAUUCACCCAAGCCAAGAUGGAGGACACGCUGUUACAGGAUCUGAGGCUGAAGGUGGGCUUCCCGUACCUGUACUGUCAUCAGGGAGACUGUGAACAUCUGGUGAUCAUCACAGACGUCAGGUCGGUGCUUCUCUUUUGUCAUCUGGUGUCACGUCAAGAAACCUCCACCUCUUACCAUCAAUAGAACUGGCUAUUCUUUUCAAUAAACGCUAGACCCGACUCGUCCAGAGUACUCCUGUAAGCCCUGUAAAAUGGAAUCCACUAAUCUAUCCGGCUAGCCGGGGCCACAUGUGGCUUCAGAACCGGAGAAACCCCCCCACCAUGGUCCUCAGUAGCUUAU